AAUUCGCUGCAAAAAGUUUGAGAAGGAUUUAAUUAAUCUUAUAAAUACAAAAAAUAAUGUUGUCAGCUUUGUAAAUCUCUCCACCUCUAUAGCUGCGAAAUUUUAAGAUGCGACCUCACCUUUCUCUCCAAAGAUGCCAGCAUCUUUCUCCAAAACAAUAGAUAGGCCGUGGUUCAAAGAGCAACCUAGAGGUAAACCCAAUACCCAACUCAAAGGAAGCUACUUUACGACUCUACUUUGAGAUUUAGGAUGCUGUUUUAGGAGAAAUCGUAAGGAAAUUUGUUAUUGUACCCGCUGGUCGGUCUUUCACACAUUUGAUCAUCAUAAGUCGGCUGCUAAUGGAUUUCACAGAUUUGUAACGUUUUUGGUCCAAAUACAAAAGCAGCUGCUCCAGCAAUCACAACAAGUUCAGGCGGACCAAGAACAUACAAAGCAUUGCAAGUAAGACCCAUUUAAGCAGGUUCAGCUCUUGUCUUUCUCAUGGCUGAACAACCAUAAAACAGAUUUGUUUUGAGAUUUAGUAUAGUUCAACAAAGAAAUGGUUUUACUGCUCGUGAUAAAAUUGGACAGAAGAAGAAAAUGGGAUUGUAGUUAGUGGAAGUAUUGAGGGCGAGAGAGUCACAGAAGUAACCUCCUUCAUACUUUUUAGUUUCUAUCGAGAUAUAUUAUAUCAUCAAAGACAAGAGACUUAAUCCCAACAAUUUACUUUUAUGGGCACAUGCAGUCUCUAUCAAGGUUCAGCUUCUUGCCUCUAUUAAACCUCCAAAACCCAAUUUCUUCACACCACCUUAAACAAAUCCAUGCCCAGUUAAUCACCAAUGGCCUCAAAGAACCCUCCUUUUUUGCCAAACUAAUUAAAAAAUACUGCCUUUUAUCCUCUCCACAAAAUACCAAAUAUGCACGGUUGAUAUUCAAACACUUUCACACUCAAAGUUUGUUCCUUUUCAACACUUUGUUAAGAUGCAGCCAACCCAAGGACUCAAUCUUUACUUUUGCCUAUUGGGUUUCAAAAGGACUCUUAGUUUUUGAUGAUUUCACUUAUAUUUUUGUGCUUGGAGCUUGUGCUAGAUCGCAAUCAUUGUCUACAUUAUGGUUAGGAAGACAAGUUCAUGUAAAAGCUUUUAAAUCCGGUCUUAUGUCAAAUCUUUUGGUGAAGACUACGUUGAUUCAUUUCUAUGCAAAUAAUAAGGAUAUUUUGUUAGCAAGAAGUGUGUUUGAUGAAAUGACUGAGAGAAGCAGUGCUACUUGGAAUGCCAUGAUUAAAGGCUAUACUUCACAAAGGGAGAGAUCUAAGAAAUGUUGUAGGGAAGCUUUGGUGCUUUUUAGAGAUAUGUUAAAUGAUGUUUCUGGGCAGAUUCCUACUGAUACUACCAUGGUUUGUGUUCUUUCAGCUUGUUCUCAAUUGGGAGAGAUUUACAGUGGAGCUUGUGUUCAUGGUUUUAUAGAGAAGACAAUUUGGGUGCCUGAAAGUGAUGUUUUUAUUGGAACUGGUCUUGUUGACAUGUAUGCAAAAUGUGGGUACAUUGAUAGUGCUUUAAGCAUUUUUAGGCUAAUGAGUGUGAAAAAUGUUCUGACUUGGACUGCCAUGGGAACUGGCUUAGCUGUUCAUGGGAGAGGAAAAGAAGCAUUGGAGCUUCUAGAUGCAAUGGAGGAUUCAGGUAUUAAACCUAAUCCAGUGACUUUCACUAGCUUGUUUUCAGCUUGCUGUCAUACAGGGCUUGUUGAAGAGGGACUUCACUUGUUUCACAGUAUGAGGAGCAGGUUUGGUCUUGAGCCUCAGAUACAACAUUAUGGUUGCAUUGUUGAUCUUCUAGGCAGGGCAGGAUAUCUAAAUGAAGCCUAUGAUUUCAUCAUAGAGAUGCCAAUCAAACCUGAUGCUGUAUUAUGGCGGAGCUUAUUAAGUGCAUGUACCGUUCAUGGAGAUCUUGCAAUGGCUGAAAAAGUGGGGAACAUUUUGCUCCGGUUAGAGCCAUCGAAGAAUUCUUUACAUAUGCCUAUUACAAGUGAAGAUUAUAUAGCUUUAUCAAAUGUUUAUGCUUCUACUGGAAGAUGGCGACAAGUGGAGAUGGUAAGAAACAAAAUGAAGUUAAAGAGGGUAGAAACCAAACCUGGUGGUAGUUACAUACAGACUGUCUGCAGUUCACCUUGAUGAUUGAAGUGGGAUUCAAUUGUUUGAUAUGGGAUGACGGAGCUGAAGUUGUAUCUAUGCUAGAAUGCAUUUAGCUCAGUGCUGGACCUUUGAUUGCUCUUGCUGCUGUACCCUGGUUUGCCCGAGUUAGUGCUGCUCCAGUAGUCCGUGCAAUAUCUGCAGCUAUUUCUCUAUGUCCAGACAGUCAAGGUACAUACCAUUGCUGUACUUCUGCCAAGCGGCUGAACUACAAAUGUUAAUGAGGCUGCUUCUGGUCCAGCAGGAAAUUCUGUUGUGUCUCCUGCUGCGGGGAGUCAUGGUUUCCGUGGGGCCUCAAUUCUGCAGAUCAUAGAAUGUCUGCUGUAGAGUAACUUAUCCUCAGUUCUGCAUUAGCUAUGGUUUGCACUUGUUAUAGACACUGUGAAAAGGCAAGUACAGGCCCUUUGGCAAGGUAGAUAGAAAGGUGCUAUUCGCUUUUAUAUGAUAUCUGAUGAAGUGGUGGUUCCACAUACACAGGUUGAAAAGGUUGGUUUCUCUUAUAACACUAGUUAUUUGUUGGCACCUUGUUGUGGAAUGUCACGGUAAAGGACUUGUCUUGCAUGAAAGAGGAAUGGAGCCUAAGAGCAAAGUUUCUUUC